AUGACAACCGCUUUCAACCUCGAGUCCUCGACUGAGGGCGGUGGCAUGAUAAGAUCGUCAACGACAAUCAACCAAAUCAACGACGGCCGCGACCUCUGCGUCAUAGAGGAGCCUUGCUUUUCCAUGAUCGUGGCCGUCUACCGCGGCAGGCUGCUGUCCAACGCGAGCGGUGCUGCCCGUCAACUUUCCGGCCUGGAGUCGGGCAAAGACGGCCGGCACGCCGCGGACGGCGCAGGAUAG